CCCAAAAGAACGAAUCAAGGUGGUAGCUGAGCAGCUCAAUCACGAUAUGGGUGUGUUAGAAAUGGGUUCUUAAUAUCGAUAUCAAUAGCGUUUUUUGGUAAUUCAACGUUAAAUCGAGCAAUUAUUACUGGCAAUUGAUAUUUCUUGAUAGUUUGUUACAAUACAACGUGAAUUUGGACACGAGUGUCAUGCGCGGAAAGAGGUGGCAGAAUGCAUGGUUCUUAUUAACGCAGUGAUUUACCCGGCGGUGGUUGGUUAUUAGAAGCAUAAAGUUUCAGGCGAAUUUGCAGAUUCGGAUAAAUCCCGAUUGGGUUUUCAAUUUCUACUCUCUUUAAUCGAAGCAAUGUGGUUAUUCAGAAGAAAAGGGCCAUCAGGAUUUUCGUCUUCUUCCACUGCCGAGGAAGUUACUGAUGGAAUCGAUGGCACUGGUCUUACCGCCAUUGUUACAGGAGCAUCAAGCGGUAUUGGCUCUGAAACUGCACGUGUUCUCGCAUUACGUGGAGUCCAUGUCAUUAUGGGUGUUAGGAAUUUAGAAGCUGGUAGAAAUGUCAGAGAAACCAUCGUGAAGGAGAAUCCCUCUGCAAAAAUUGAUGCCAUGGAGUUAGAUCUUAGCUCCAUGGUGUCUGUAAGAAAAUUUGCCUCAGAUUACCAGUCGUCUGGGUUUCCACUUAACAUCCUCAUUAACAAUGCAGGAAUAAUGGCAACCCCUUUUGGACUUUCAAAAGAUAACAUAGAGGUGCAAUUUGCGACAAACCACAUAGGCCAUUUCCUUUUGACAAAUCUACUUUUGGAAAAUAUGAAGAAAACUGCCGCUGAAAGUAAGAAAGAAGGAAGAAUUGUAAAUGUCUCCUCUGAAGCUCAUCGUUACACAUAUCCUGAAGGCAUCCGAUUCGAUGGAAUUAAUGAUGAAUUAAGGUAUAACAAAAUGCAGGCUUAUGGCCAGUCAAAGUUAUCUAAUAUUCUGCAUGCCAAUGAACUUACCAGACGUUUCAAGGAAGAAGGUUUAAACAUAACCGCAAACUCACUCCACCCGGGGAUAAUCACCACAAAUCUUUUCCGACACUUCAAUUAUGGCAAUGGUAUAGUAAACACCGUCGGCAAAAUCAUGUUUAAAAAUGUUCAACAGGGUGCAGCAACAACCUGCUAUGUGGCAUUGCAUCCACAAGUAAAGGGAGUGAGUGGUGAAUAUUUUAUGAAUAGUAACGUACACAAGGCAACCCAACAUGGCCAGGAUAUGGACUUGGCUAAGAAACUUUGGGAGUUUACCACCAAUUUACUCAAAUAAUCUAACUUUCUUCAAAAGUUAUUUUCUAGUACAAUAUGGAGAUUUAAAACUCCAAUGUUAAAAGAGAGUACAUGUCAAUUCCAGUUAAAUUAUGCUCACUUUGCUAAUUGUGAUAUUUCUAUCUUAUUAGAUUGUGUUAAGUUGUAUUGUAUGUGUUUUUAGAGCAUUACCUUAAAAAUAAGGGAAGUGGAUGUAGAGCUACUAUUCAAGUGAUUUCCAAAUUAGUGUUUGUAACGUAUUGUGUAAUGUUAAGGCUGACGUUUAUUUGUUUCUAUAAAUAUUGAUAUCUUUAUUCAUGGAUGACAUACAAAGAAA